GCCCAUAAAUACAUUCACGAACGUUCACAUUUCGCGGCAACUCAAUAAAUUAAAAUCAAAUUGUUCCAGUUCAGUUAUAAUUAGAAAUUCAAAUUCGUUUUAUUUAAUUAAUUAUUUGUCAACGAAUAUUUUAAUUUAUUUCCAUGUGAAAGAUAUAUCAAACGAUCUAUAUGACAUUUUAAUAAGAAAAUAAUUGCAUGAUUUGUUUCUUGCGAGUUUUGCCGGAGUGAAAGUGUUUCUAGAUCUAAAAGUGAAAGGGGCUGAUCUUGUCAACAAACUCACUUCUUAAUAAGCCUAGUUAAAAACCAACUUGCGAUAUGUCCGAACAAUACGGUGUCAUAAAAGCGCCAUGUCAAGGGUGAAUACAAUCACAAAUAAACAAUGGAUAUCGAGAAAAAAUUCAGUAGUCUACAAAGCAUUUAAUAGAGUACCACAUCUUCGCAAAUCCAAAUAUACCAAAUUCACAAGAUGGCGGCAAAGAAGAUUGACAAAAUGGCGGCUGAAUACAAAAGUUCUAAUUCCACUAAUGAUCUUAAAUGUAGCCGGACAAACACGGGCUGUAGAAGUUACAGCUCUAACAAGUCGAGUGCUUGCGACGUUCUUCGGUUACCCGACUACAUGCAGCAUAGGAUCUGAAGUAAAGCCUUGCUCGUUGUCACUGAGCUGCUGGCUAAAGGGAGGCACUAGGCUUAGAGGAUGCGGUGGCAGUUGGCUGCUCACAUGCUGUGGACCUCCAGACAAUGUUAGAAAUGACGGCUUUGAUAAUAUCAUACCGUCAUCAGAGUGGAAGUACAAAGUGGCACCACCGACACUCCGGCUUGUGCCGCACAGACACGCUGUGGCCACUAACGUUUUUAGGAGACGAGCUGACGAUGACACAACACAGAGCGAUUGUGGACUAUCAGCAAGUAGAAUACUACAAAAGAGGAUCAUAGGUGGCAGGGAGGCGAGGUUUGCCGAAUUUCCCUGGCAGGCGCAUGUAAGAAUAUCAGAGUUCCAGUGUGGUGGUGUUCUAGUUUCCCGAUGGUUUGUUGCGACGGCAGCGCACUGCGUGUCCCGUGCCAGACCGAGAGAUAUUGCGGUGUGGCUCGGGGCGUUAGACACAGCGGCGGGCGCGCACACAGCAAGGAAACUUGGAGUGAUCCAAAAAAUUCUUCAUCCUCUAUUUCAAUUUCGUAUGACACAACCGGAUCGAUACGAUAUAGCUUUAUUAAAGCUAUCCCGACCUAUUACCUACACGGGGCAUAUCCUGCCCAUCUGUCUGCCGGAGCUGGACCUGGAGUUACGCGGCAAGUCCGGUGUGAUCGCCGGUUGGGGCAAGACUGACGCUAGUAAUGGUCACACCGGGACAAACCUAUUGCGGUCUGCAACCGUCCCUAUUCUUAGCAAAGAGCAGUGUAUCAACUGGCACCAAAGCAAACAGAUAUCCGUUGAGAUUCACUCAGAGAUGAUAUGCGCCGGACAUUCAGACGGACAUCAGGACGCUUGCUUAGGUGAUUCCGGAGGACCGCUUAUAGUUUUAGACGGCGGUCGUUACUACCUAGUUGGAAUCACAUCAGCGGGAUUUGGGUGCGGUGUUGACCAUCAGCCCGGCAUCUACCACAAUGUCAAGGUCACCGCGGGUUGGAUCAAAGGCGUUAUAUCACCAUCUAUCAACUACAUCGACUUUUAAUUCGAACUAAAGCGACAUUUGAUAAUAAAAAUAUAUUCAAAAUUAGACAAGUUCUUUAGGCUGCAAUGAAAUGGUCCUAAUACUUUGACGGUGUGCAUUAUAUUGUAAAAUGAGUGUUACAGUUAUGGGUCAUUAGCAUAACUACUAAUUAAAUACAAUUCAUUACACAAGGUCGUCCAUUGAACAGAUUUGGCAACGUAUUUGCAAUUGCGGAUAUAUAUGGGCAGCGAUUGCUUCGCUAUUACGCGUUCAAGCCGCUUGCUCGUUUGUCACCUUAUAAUAUAUUUAAAAAAAACAAUUUGGUAUGAAGCCUAAGAUUACAUUAAAUGACAAACUAUACUGACAGUACUAUAUGUUAAGUUGGAACUUAGAUAGGCUGUGAGAUGACGAAUUGGUACAAGUCAAAGUGCAAAUAUACAUUUUUUUAAUUAUUUGGAUAUGUUAAUAAU